AUGAUCAUGUUUUCUGAACACUUCAACUCUCACACUAUCCUGCCUGCCUCUCAUCAGGUAAUUAAUAGUACAGGUAUGAAUGGUCUCGGAAACCAACCUUUUACCCAAAACCACAGAGGUUCGGUUAGCUCAAUUCCAUCAUUAUCAUCUUCUCUCACUCAAUCCAAUGAAUCGUUAAGGUUUGCUUCAUCCAAUGAGUCCCUCAGAAUUGCCAAAUCAAACGAUUCUUUGAGAAUUGCCAUCAACAAUGAUACAAUUAGAUACACCAAUUCUAAUGAAAACUUUAGAAAGGGAACUUUGAAUUCUGCAAACCCUACCUCCAACCCUGGUAUCAAUAGUAACAAACCUCUCUCUUUGGAUGGUGGAUUUGUUAACUUCAGAUCGACCAAUUGGCAACAAUCUCAACCACAACAACAACAACAGCCACAAUAUACAUACCUUCAACAGAACAAUUAUCAGCAAAAUAGCAUGCAAUUCAACUCGAACCACAAUAAUGUCAACUCCAGUAGCUUUUUACCUACAGUGAAUGAUAGCUCUUUUGCUUAUGUCGACAACUUUGAUAAUGACAACAUCUUGUUGGGGAGUAAUCAAUCUCAAACUUCUUCUACCAGUACAUUGAAUGUGCAAGAAUUUAGAAAGUCUUCGGUUGGUAACGUCAUGAAUUUUGGUUUGAACUCUCUUGAUGGUAACCAACAGAUUGUCAAUCCCUCUCAACAAUAUGAUUCUGUCUAUGUUGACAAUGAUCUUUCUUCUAGAUUUAACUUAUAUUCUAUAAACAGUCAAUUUGAUCAAAACAUCCAAGUUCAACAGCAACAGCAACAUCAAUCUCAAUCUCAACAUCAAUUCACUUCUUCAUUGGGUGCCAUUAAUGAUUAUAGAUUUGUUGAAAAUCAGCAACAGCAACAGCAACCUUCCUUACGAUCUGUUGGCUCUUUUAAGGAUUUGAAAAAUGGAAUAAUCAACGAAUCUUUGAUUGAACAAAGAUCUCUUGCCGAUAAUGAUAUGAAUGGGUUGCAUGGAUCCAAGCAUCAUUACUUCAAGAGUCAAUCUCUUAAUUUAUCUAAAAUGCAAUACUUGCCAACUGCUGACGAUGCUACCAAUGUUCAAUUGAACAAUAAUGGUAUGGAUACUUUUAUAAAUGGUCACCGACAAAUCAACCAUCGCCCUACUAGUAGUUUGACCAUGGAUAAAAUGAAUUUCGCUCCAAUUUACGUUGAUAAUGGGACUAUCAUUAAUUCUGGAAACGGUGUUCAAGCUCAACAACAUCACCAAGCAAUGCAAGUUCAUCAACAAACAUCUCAACAAAACAUCAAUAUGCAAGCCAUUAAUGGCUCAAACAAUGGCAAUCCGAAUAAUAGCAACAAUUCCAACAACAUGAAUUCCAACAGCAACAAUAAUCCUAAGCCAUAUAAUGGUAGAAGAAAAUCUGAUCCAAAGAAAGAUGAUAAGAAAUCUUCAGAAAAGGAAUUGUUCAACAAGUAUAAGAAUGUGCCUUUUGAACAGUUGGAAUCUAAGAUUUUGAAACUUAGCGUUGAUCAAAACGGUUGCCGUUUCUUGCAAAAGAAAUUAGAAGACUCAACUACCGACAGAAAGUUGGUUAUCGAUAUUAUUUAUCGUAAAAUCAAGCCUAGCAUCUAUGAAUUGGUGAUUGAUUCAUUUGGUAACUAUUUGAUUCAAAAGAUCUUUGAGUAUUUGUCUGAAGAGCAACGCACAGAAUUGAUCAAGCUUUGCAGUGGUAGAUUUGACGAAAUUUCUCUUAAUCAGCAUGGUACUAGAGCAUUACAAAAGAUGAUUGAAUACAUUACCACUCAGGAACAAACUGACCUAAUUGUCAAUAACUUGUCCAAUCAUGUGGUAAGGUUGAUCAAGGAUUUGAAUGGUAAUCACGUUAUUCAAAAAUGUUUGUUCAAGUUCAACUCCAAGAAUUGUCAAUUUAUCAUCAAUGGUAUCUGCUCUAGCGUGGUCGAAGUUGCUACACACCGUCAUGGUUGUUGUGUUUUACAAAAAUGUCUUGAUCGUUCCAAUGAAACCCAAUUUGUCAAAUUAGGACAAGAAGUUUUGAAAAAUGGGUUGGUGUUGAUGCAAGAUCCUUUUGGUAACUAUGUUAUCCAAUAUCUCUUACCAAAGAUGCGUUAUGAAUUGACUCCUAACUUUGCCGAACUCAUUGGGAAACAGAUCAUUGGUAGAUUGGAAGAUUUGUCCAUCCAAAAAUUUGCCUCCAAUGUUGUAGAAAAAUGUUUGAAGUAUAUCAAUACCGAUACCGAACUUCGUGAUAUCUUGGUUGAAGAAGUGUUGAAUUUCAACAACUUGGCUUCUGUUUUGAAAGAUCCAUAUGGUAAUUAUGUUGUCCAAACUGCCUUGGAAGUGGCUGAUGGUGACUUGAGAAAUAAGGCCAUUGAUAAAAUUGGUGCUUUGAUGCCAUUUGUGAAAAAUACACCAUACGCUAGAAAGAUUCAACAGCGGAUCACAGAAGCUGAGGCCAAUAAGAAAAGAGAUUCUUUUGUUGAAAGACAAGGUAGAAACUAA